GUGCGUGCAUCUGUAGACUACAUGAUUCUUCCGUCACCAACUCUACAACAUUAUUCAUGAUCACCCGUCAACACAUUUCACUGUCGUCGCCUCUCCUCCACUUUGAGCUCCACGCUCGCACAAUUCACAAUGGCUUCUCGAAAUGAAGUCACCCUCCCCGCGACGCGCCCAAAGUCUCGCAAGUCUCUAGGCUCCAUCCCCUCAGCCGGCACAAUGGACCAGGAAAAUAUGACGACCGACUUUGCUGCGUUGGCAAGUGGAAAGAGAGCCCCCACAGCUAAGCCGCUAAAGAAAUCUCGGAGUAAGAGUAUCGGUCCUGGAGGAUUGGAUGCGCUGAAGGAUACAACUGGGAAUCGUCGCAAAGUAUGUAUAGAGCAAUGAAAUCUCAUCGCUUCCCUCUAACGGGAAACCAGUCUAUAGCUACUGUACCUCAUCCCGCACCCAAAUCCAUUCUCAAACCUACGAUGCCGCCACUUCGAGAAAUCCCGGCGCAUAAUCCUUCGCGAAGAGGGAAUCCCAAGAAAACUACCCCGCCAACCCAAAACAAAACCGAAAAUUUAAUCGAUUUCGAUGUUGGACCAACGGUUAGCGGGGCGGACAAUCUGGCGAACCCAUUUGAUGUUGGUGCAAAUGCUGCAGUCGCUGAGACUCGAGUGACACUAAGGACCGAGGAAGAGCAGCAAGCUGCCGCACGAGAACGUGAAGAACAGGAAAGAAAAGCACUAGAGAAAGAGAUUACAUCUAGACGAGAUAAUAGGAGAAAGUCAUUGGCAAACCGUCGGGUAUCUUUUGCUCCAGAGGCAACUCUACAUACGUGGGAUGUUGUGGUGGAAUACCAGGACUCGACUACUUCUUCAAAUGCGACAUCUCGACGAGCUUCCUCAGCAUCCACCCCACAAACUCCUGGCCUUCCAGAAUCUGAAUCAUCAGAACCACCCUCGACUCCACCAGAACAAGUAGAAGAAGAAACAGAUGGUUCAAACCCUGCCCAUCAACGCGACCUGCACCAAAAGAAAAGUCGCCGAAGCUCUGGUAUACCUCCUAUGAACUUUAACAAUCCAGAAGAUGAAGUGUUUUCAUCAAGUCCAUUUAGUGAUAAUUCUGGAGUUGAAGAGGAAGAGCCGAUGGAUGACAUGGAUGUUGAUUCUAAUUCAAACAGCGAUUCUGAUAUAAUUGACGAUACAGCAAUGAGUAUGGAUGUUGGAGACACCAUGGAUAUGUCAUUGGCUUCCUCAAAAUCCGGAUCAAGUACAAGCUCUCGUCUUGACGAAGCUCUGAGGCAAGCUGCGCGUCAAGCUGGUGCUCAAGAACAAGAAGAAACUGAAGAAAUUGCAUUCGCUCCUUGGACGAAGCUUGCAGCCCUUGAAAACCUCGAGUCACAAGGAGAUCAGGAAAACGUCAAUCCAUUUUCAUCAGCUUACAAAAUGAAUGCGCCUCAAGAGGAAGCCGACCAAUCUGAGGGUGAAGAUGUCUCAAUGGACCUCACGAUGGAUAUGACGAGACCCAUGGGCGGAAUCAUUACUGCGCAGACCAAUGAAAGCGAGGACGACGAAUUGUCGAUGGACGUUACCAAAGCUUUUGGAGGUAUCAUUACGAAUCCAGUAUCAAAUACUGCCACCAAACGAAAACCAGCAUCCUCAAAUCGCCGCCAAAGUACACGCCGGAAAUCUCUUGGAGAGGAGUCAUCCAUGGGCGAUGAAACGAUGGAUUUGACAAUGGCUGUUGGUGGGAUCAAACCAAGCAUGGAUAAUUCCUCUCCUGGCAACGAUGAAGAUAUGACGAUGGAAUUCACUUCAGUUGUUGGUGGCGUACUUCCUCCGAAGAAAGCACCAGCAAAGGGCCGACGACAGUCCAUGGCAGCUUUGCAAAAAUCUCCGAAGAAUGCGCGGGAGAGCAUUGAUUCACGUACUGGUGGUGACACUAUGGACAUGACAGCUGCUGUGGGAGGAAUCAUGGCUACAAAUACACAAUAUGCCGAAGAAGAGCCGGAUCCCACUAUUGGUAUGGAUAUGACUGCAGCUCUUGGAGGAAUACUACAGCCGCCAGUCACUUUCGAAAACCGAGCAGAAGCCAAGAAGGUUAUGGAACUGGAGACCGAUAUUGCAAGUUCUCCAUUCCGAGCUGAUGUUCCAAGCUCUCCUUCAAAGCCAACCGCUCCUGCCCAUACAAUUGCAUCCGAAACUGGCAGCCCAAGCUUAGUGCCUUUCCGAAAGGGAGCUCGACGCAGCACUGAUACCAGGAAAUCCACUACUCCCAAAUCCAAACUCUCGUCCAGCUUUACACCUACAAAAUCAACAACCCCGCCCAAACAACUAACGCCACAGCCUGUUGACAGUCCCACGACACCGAGUAAAACGCCCCCAUCCAAAAAUGUCACUAUCCGUACCUCAUCUCCAAAGAAGUUCUUCAAAAAUGACCUUCCUCAAGCAUCCACUACUCCCCAAUCAUCCAGAGCCAAAAAAACAGCCACGCCCAAUAUAUUGUUUCAGAGAGACAAAACUGGCACAACUACUCCAAGCUUCAUUCUUACUCCUCAGAGGAGAAGAUCCUCUGGUGUUGGUCUGGAUCGCGAAGGUCUUGGUUCACCUCGAGUUGCCGCACUUCUUGACCGAAGAAUCUCAAUAGGUGAGCAGGCAGCAUCAUUUAGUCCCAGCCUUCCAGGUGAUGCUGUCCGAGGUGUUCAUUUCCUUGAUCCACGAGCCAUGCAGGCAGAAAUCGAUAAGGAGCGCAAACAGGAAGAGGACCGAGAGAAUGGGCGAAGUGUUCUAGAGCGCGAAGCUGAUGACGAAACGGAUGCGACAUUAAACUUGAAAAAUAUGAUCGAGAGUUUAUCGCCGAAGAAGAAAUCGACAAAGCCACGGAAAAGUCUGCAUGUGGGCGCUGCAAAGGGUAUUCUGGGCAAACGCCCGGUUGAAUUAGACGAGGAUGACGAGGAUGAGGACCAAGGAGGUAUCAAGCGGCUGAAGAACCACCAAGGAAGCCCCGUCAAGAAUGUUAGACUUAGUGGGCCUCCAUCAAAAGAAGAAACCACAACGGGACGCGUGACUCGAGCUAGUCGAAAAAGUAUCGAUGAAGUCGAAAAGCCUGUUGCGACACCUACCAGUACUUCGUCUCCAGCCAAGGCCAAAGCAACAACACCACGAGUUCAGGGUCGCUUCAAGGAUGCAGAAGCAAUCCCUGCCGAGCAGGAAGUUGGGACAUUGGCAGAGAAAGAUCCUACUGAAGACCCGCAGAUCGACGAGGAAAGUUUUGAGGAUGACCGCAUUCAGCUGCAAGACUUUCUUAACAUGACCAGCAUUCGAUUUAUGGAAUUAACAACCUCCAAACGUCGACACACUAUUGCACCGAAAUCCGAUAGGAAUUCAAAGGGCAGAAUCAGUUUUGGAGUGACCCUCGAAGACUGUAUUGCUGCGAGUGCGGCAACCGUGCCUAUGCUCGAGCUUUUUCAGCAUGCUUGUCAAGAAUUGAGAAAAUACAUUUCUGAAGGCCGUAAGACUGUGCGGGAAAUCGAGACGGCAACAUUCGAAGAGAACCCUCCGCUGUUCCGCGAGUAUAUGUCCGCCACUUCUGAUAUCAAGGUUGUCAUGGAUAACCAACUCAAAAAUGUCAAGACACACGCACGACUAUUGAGUAAGGAGAUGUGGUACGACUGGCGCAUGACCCUUCUUGGAACUUUGAAAGAGGCGCUUUUCAAAACCGGCGAAGGAAUGAUGCAAGAUGAGCAGAUUUUGGAUCACCAAAUUGUUUUACUGAAUUCUGUCAUUCCCAAGCUCAGCCAAAGAGCCCAGGCGCUCCAGCGUGAAGAAGGUGAUCUGCGGGAUUCUGCUGAAGAGCUUGCUAAUUGUGACCCUGUUGCAUUGACCGAUGCUCGUCAAAGACUGAUUGUUGUCGAUUCGGAGAUUGAUUCGAAGAAGCGGAUGAUUGCCGACCUCCGGAAACAAUUGGAAAGUAAGGAAAUCGAGAUUAAAGCAGGGAUCGCUCGAAAGCAAACUUGUAUCGAUGAUAUCAGCGAAGCAGAAAGAACUAGAGAAGAGUGCCGAGGAUGGACUUCGGGUGAGAUCAGCUCUUUGAAAGGUACUUGAUUCUCCAUUACCUAUUUUCAACAUCUUUACUAAUGCAUACCCUUUCAGCAAAGGUCGAUGUCUUCGAAAAAGAGCAUGGUUGGACUAUCACAGGUGUCUCUGGAACCACAACUUCAAUGACAUACCAUAAAGACAUCGAGCUAGUUUUCGAUGCUGCCUCUUUCCUGCCUAGUCAAAGCCAUACAACAUCCCGCCGCAAAUCGGUCAACUCUCGUAUUGACCUUUGGUACAUUGGCGCCAACCGAGAUCUCAAUCCCCAACCUCUCACGCUCGAGAAAGACUUCUUUCUUCAAAGUAUUCGUGACCACAUCCGUGGACUGCCACAGGCCCAAACACACGUCAAGGAUCUCCUCCACGCCGUUUCUGUUUCUUGGAAUCGGGCACAGGCUGUGGUAGAUGAUAUCCGCUUACUUGGUGUUAGUUGUCCGACUGAGGUAGGGAAGACUUCUGAUUCCUCGAUCUUGGUUAGGAGUAUGUUGCUUAUCGCGCCGUUGGGUACGAAGGUUGAAGUAGGGAUGGGGCUGGAGAGUAAGAGUGUUGAGGGAGGUAUUGAGGUUGGUGUUGAGUACAAGGCUAGUGUAGUGUAUGGCGAGAGGUUUAAUGAGCCAAAGAUGGGGGAGUUCUUGUUAAGUCGUUGUGGAAAUAUUGUGAAAGAGAAGGGGAAGUUGGAGAAAAGUUCUUGGGGUGAGGCGGUAGCGGAACUGGGGGAGAAGCUUUUGGCUAGGGGGCGGAAGUAGUAGCUGUUUUGUGCGUCAUGAUGCUUACGAUGACUCUAAAGGGUACGUUCCGGGAAUCACUUGGUGUUUGGAGUCAAUGGGUAGUGGGUCUUGGGGUUAUCGUGAGACUUUUCUAGUGUUGUAGGGCUUGUCUGUGUAUUGAUGAACAGUUAAUAUGAUGUAUCUAUAA